AGUCAUGCAGGUCUCUACUGGUGUUUCUUCUGAUACUUCUGCACCGUCUCCACCUUCAGUGGAUCAGUCUGCCAUGUUCUCUAGUAGAGGCAGAGGCCGCGGUCGUGGUCGUGGUCGUGAUUCUUUGGGAGGACGUGGCUCUUUUAGUGGGAGACAGGGUGAUUCUGAUAGGGGUUCACGUCAGUGUGGUCAUUGUGGGAGGACCAAUCAUAUUUCUGAGAAAUGCUGGGAGAAGUUUGGUCGUCCUCAAUGGGCCCAAGUAGCCGAUGCCGAGUCGACUCGCUCACCUAUUUCUACUAUUAUUUCUAGUAAUCCAGCUACUACUGUUCCUACUGUUCAGAUUUCUCAGGCAGAUUAUGAGAGGUUACGCCAGCUAGAGAUCUCUCAGAACAGUCAUUCGGCUACUCAUGCAUCCUCUUCAGGUAUGGAUGCUUACAUAGCUUCUCCUCAUGAACCAUGGGUACUAGAUUCUGGAGCCUCAUCCCAUAUGACAGGACCUAGCAACUGGGAUGACGAUUGGUUCGGGGCAUGAGAGAGGAGGUAUGUACUAUUUGGACGACAGUGUGCCGGG